AUGAUGAGAAUUGAUGAACCGGCGAAUUUUCGACCCGCUGCUCCAGAAGCUCAAGUACUUGACUUUGUCAGAUCCAAUGGUGAUCAAUUGAAAAUUCGACUGGUUGGCGGCCAUCCGUUGUGGGGUCACGUCCUGUAUCCAGCUGCUAUGUUGAUGUCAAAAUAUCUGGAGCAGAACGCUGAGACUCUUCUGAAAUCGGUGCCCGGAGCCGGAACUACGCGUGGAAAGUUUGUACUAGAGCUUGGUGCCGGAGCUGGUUUGCCCGGUUUGACAAGCGCAUUCGAAGGAGCGGAGUUGGUCGUUACUACAGAUUUCCCAGAUGCAGACCUGAUUGAUAACUUGAAGCACAACGCAGAUGUAAAUCUGCCCUCGCAGAUCAGAGACCGGAUGAUAGUAGAUGGUUAUACGUGGGGCGCCAAUCCCGCACAUAUAUUGAGUCAUCUACCCAUCCUGGAUGCGUGUGGUGCCCAAACACCCUCCAAUACAGUAUCACCUCUUUUUGACCUCAUUCUCCUUUCAGAUCUGGUCUUCAAUCAUUCCCAACAUGAAGCCUUAAUCUCGACCUGCGAACGCUUUCUUCGUCCGCGUUCGAACCCCGAGUCACCUACUCCUUGUCUUCUUGUCUUCUUCUCUCAUCACCGUCCUAAGUUCAUGAAAGAAGAUAAUGGAUUAAUAGAGCUCGCCCAAACUCGUGGAUGGACUUGUAAAAAGGUUGUUGAGGAUAAAAAUGCUGGCCUUGCAUUCCCGGAAGAUGAAGGAGAUCCUACAAUCAGAGGUACGGUCCAUGGUUGGAUGCUCACUCGUUGA